AUGGCGCGCCGGCAGAAGGCGAAGGCGGCGGCCGCGGGCAAGCUCAGGGCUCCCGCCGCGCUGCCCAGCCCGGCCUCCUCCUCAGAUGAGGCGGACGAGGCCCCGGAGGAGGUGCCCUUCGGCGUGGCGAGGGAGGCGGCCGAGGCCGAGCGGAAGCUCGUGGGAGAGGCGGCCCGGAGGCACCGGGAGCUGCUGAAGGAGAAGCGGCGGCGGCGCCAGGAGCUGUUCGCGGAGCAGAAGAAGCGCAAGCUGCUGCCCGAGGCCGUGCUGCAAGAGCUUCAGGAGCUGCAGGAUGUGUCCGCACGGCCCGCUGUGGCAGAUGACCCUCCCCAGACUGUGGCAGAUGACCCAGUUACUCUAGGUGAAGAACUUGAAGCUGAGGCUGUAGAGCUGGACCAAGGCCAGGCCGAAAGGCAAGACCAAGUCAAAGUGCAGAAGAAAGGCAAGAGGAGCAAGGGUGCCAGGACAAAAGGGAACUACGUGGCUGUGUGCUUGAAAGACCACAAUGUAACAGGCCUCCACCAACAGCUCGCCAAAGACUUCCUAAAUGCUCAGCUGUAUGGGCCACACACCAACCGGGUACAGGGUAAGCACUGCUGCUGGCUGGGUCUGCAUCGAGCCUUAUCUGGCUUAAACUUGGUGAUUAACACUUUUCUCAUUUCAGCAAAUGAAUUUUUUUCUCUUGCAAACAAGAAGGACCCAGUCAAAAAAGCUGCAGUUCAGUUUGUGGACAAGUCUUGGGGGCAAGAUAAAAAGGAAAAAGCAGCAAGGUUUAAGAAACGUUGGCUGGCAACACAGAUCAAAAAUGCAGUCUGAAGACAGGUUUUUCAGAAAAUGCUGCUAAGGACUUCUAGCGACAGUUGAUCUCAACACAACACAGGUGUUCUUUACCCCCUUCAUCAUCACUUUGCUUUCAGCUCCAGACACCAAUCUGUGCCUGCUCAGACUUCAUGUUCUCUCCCCCUUUCAGAAGUUCUUGGGGAAGCUACAGAGCAGCCAGGCCAGUGUUGUAGAACAGCUGGUGCUAGGACCAGGCUUGCUGAGCUGCCUCCAUGAGGCAAUACCUUUGCAGAGAAUAAAGAUGAGCAAUGUUGCACCU